UGUGGAGGGGGGAGUGAGGGAUGGAUUCGGGUCGGAGCAGAACGGGGUCUCACGCGGAGCUGAGGUACUUUGGUUCAGUCUGUGGCAGAGUCGAGACACUCAGUUGCCGGACACCAUCAACGGAAAACAAUCAGCGUUCAACUGUGCAAGAUUUAGAGCUUUGCUAAUAAAUACAUACUUAUGGUAGAUGGCAUUGUCUGAGACAGCCGGAGGGGAUUCUUCAGCCCAUUUCUCAAGCUGAAUCCAAAUGACACUUCCUCCACCCAAAAGUCCCCAGAUGACCACAGAACUCCACUUAUAGUCGGAGGAUGCUGCACAAUGUGUGACACGGUCGUCCGACUGCAAUUGAUUGGUGCAAGAAGCGUCCUUCCCUCAACCAGAGCAUGACACUCUCGGCAGUGGACAGUUGGAAAAGGGCUUCGGAAAUGAACCCCUGUGGACAGCCACAAGACUGGGUCAGUGGCAGGAGCACGGCUAGGUAAAGAAGCAGAGGUCUUCGUGUGAGGAGAGAAAGCAUACAACUAAAAAAAAGUGGGGGGCAAACGAUCGCAUCAGCAAAGACAUACAACCUCAAAUCAUGGGGAUACAGCAUCUUCUGCUUCUUUUGAUUUACUUGGACCCGCUGAAUGUACUGUGCGCGGCUACAGCCAACAAGAAGAAAAACGCUCCAAAGCGGAAUCAGAAGAUGAAGGAGGUGAACGGCACGGAGGCGCCUACUGCGGUUCCGCGGCGAAACACUCAGGUCCAGGCACCUUCGAUCGCUACCCAUGACACGUGCCUGGGCUACUAUGACGUGAGCGGAGCGUACGAUAAAGUGUUCGAGUGCAACAACACCGAGCACCGCUACUGUUGUGGAAGUUGUUUCCUGCGCUAUUGCUGUGCAGAAAAAGGGAAACGCAUAGAACAGAAAACUUGCACAAAUUAUAACACCCCAGAUUGGAUCAAAACGCAGCCUCCCUCCCCGGCACCAACAGGUGACACUUACGACCCUGACUUGGAUCAGACUAACACAACGGUAUACAUCACCUGUGGUGUCAUAGCUUUUAUCAUCCUCAUCGGAGUUUCUGCAAAAGUUGCCUACGACAAAGCAACCAAGCCCCCUCAGGAAAUGAAUGUCCAUAGAGCCCUUGCAGACAUUUUGAGGCAACAAGGACUAAAUAAGGAGAAUGAAAAUAUUGCAGCAUUGGAGGGUUCACCCAAAGACAUGGACACACCUCUCCGAACGUCCAAGAACCAUUACACCCCAGUUCACACCAUGCUAGCAAACCACGGGCACUAUGGGAAAGAGAACUUCCGCCAAGGCCAACUUGAUCAUAACUUCAUCUCCUCUGGAUUCGUGACACUGGGACGACCGCACCUAAAAGCGCAGCACUCUGUAGACGAUUUAGGGCAGCUGUCCUGGCAGGGAGAUCUGGACGUUCCUAAUAUCUCCUACAGCAGCCACCAACAUGAUUAUCAACAUAGUCACCUGGAUCUUACCCAGGCCCACACACCUAAAAUUGCCCACAGACAAAUGAGACAUGAGAAGCCCCAGCGCAUGAACAACAUCCUAACCUCGCAGACAGAGCCAUACGACCUGGACAUGUCCUUCUCACGCUCCUUCCAGAACCUCACCCACCUGCCUCCCAACUACGAACUGGCGGCAAUGAGCAAAGCUGACUUAAGUAAAUACUCCUCUCUCCACAAAUUAAGUGAUAAGGACAUAGAUGAGUACUACAUGCGGAAGCGACACCAAGACUUGGCAGGUCGGCAGAUUCUACAGCCGCCCCACAUGGUGAAGCUGAACACAGAGCCCCACCAGCAGCACCGUCAGCGGCCUCACCGUGUCCAGAGGGCCAUGUCCCAGGACCAUGUGCUGUCCCCAGAGAGGACCCCACGCCAUGGCUACGGCCUCUCAGCCUACAACAUGGGCGUCUCUUCCUACGGUAGCCGCAUUCUCUCAGAGGAGCAGCUGCUCUCCGCAGACCGCCUCCAGUCCCAGGACCCCCUGCUCUCGCCAGACAAGGUGCUGUCGCUGCGGCGCUCCAACUUCCGGGAGAAGGCCAUGUCGCGGGCCAUGUCCCAUGUAGACAUCAACUUUGUGCCCACCACACCUGUCAUAGACCGCAGUGAGCGCUACGCUAAGAUGCAAAAGAUGCACUCCCAUCCCACUACCAUCAACGACUCAUACAACACGCUCACCGUCAACCACCCGACCACCAACAAGAGGCAGCAGUUUGCCUCGCGACGGACACACACCGUGGACCAUCUACAGUACAUCCCAGGCCACCAGCACAACAACCAGUACCGCACAGCCAGUAAGAACGAGGUAACUGUUUAACGAGAGGGUGGCUGGCCAAGGAUUGCUGUGUCAACAGACUGUCAACAGAUGAAAACAGCAGAUACUUCCAGAGGUGUGCAACCUCACCAUAGGUCUUCUUUUCAAAGUAGCCAACAAAUAACCCUUCUUGCUUUCAGCUCAAGCUCUCUGUUUCAUUCAGAUUUGGAUCAUCACAACUAGAAUCAACCACAAAGACAUCAGUACUUUAUCUAUAAGGCAACAUAAGGGCUUUGCACGUUGACACAUAAGGAAUGCUUUAUGUGAGGUUAUCCGGAAGAAGACAAUAUUUUUUAAAAAGGGGAAUUGGAAAGGAACUGGAUCAACUUUAUAAAUAUAUACAUAUAUUUACUAUUUGUAUUUUCAGUCCUUGUUAUAGCUUGUUAUAGAGAUUCUUAUUGAACUUAUCUGGUGUUAGAACUUCAAGAGGUGCCUCUCGAAAUUGUUCCCAUUUCAAUGAUGAAGUGGAUUUAUGGGUUAAAAAGCACAAUUAAUGGGGGGUUUUCUCUGUUGGUUUAUUCUUGUUUUUUGGUAACGGCCAGCACACAUCAGCUUAUUAGUGGAUAUAGUGGCAAUUUCCGUUGCAUAAAUGAUUGUAAAUAGGCUAUAUUAGCAGAAUUAUACACUAAAUGAGAAGAGCUGGACAAGUGGAAUUGUUGAGUUUCUACCCAAGAGUCUACAGUCUUUUCACAAUUAAAGAUCCCAAUUUCAGAUUAGUCCAAACCCUCAACAAAUACAUGAUACUAACAAACAUGUACAAUAAUGUGUGUGCGUAUGUGUGUAUAUUUUUGUAACUGUGCUUGUAGGAUGAUUGUGUAUGGCUAGGGUUGAAUCAACCUCAUGCCUCUGUUAAUUGGCAGCUUUAGACUGUAGGCACACUAGUCCACAGGUGACCAUGUAAACUAAUGCUUCGUUCAAUAGCUUCAUUUUCUGCACUCAUUCCCUUGCUAUAUAAUCCAAGUGGAUGACAUCCAUUUUGUUUUCAGUUCGGAAAAGCUGCUUUCAUUCUGAUAUACAGUAUUGUUGUAUAUUUGACUCCAUUCAUCAGAGUUGAAGAAUAAUAGUUGUUGUUAUGUGUUUACAAUUGUUACAUUGUUGCAGGUGUGUUGACGUACCUGACACAAUCGACAAAGAGGACAUCAAUAUAAUCACUAGCUAAGCAAGGAUUAAAACUGUGAUUUGUAUGUCCAGAUGUUUUCAUUAAAGCAAUGCCUUAUUGUGUGGAAGCCCAUACUCAUGUUCUUAAUUGUACAAUCACGCUUGUGUUUUUAUGUCUUGUGUCUAACAUGUUGAUGCGUAACCAGCUUUGUAUGUCAUUUUUGAUCAUGGAUGAUUUACCAGCACUAUAGAAGGACACAAUCAGUUUAUGUGUUAUACCUCAGAAUCUAUAGGACACAAAUUUUACAUUAAAUUCUUAAGUUAACAAAAUGUUAUUUGAAAAGAAGCAAAGGAAGUGAUUAUUUUAAGCAAAAAACAUAAGAAACUAGAAAAAAAUAUUUCACAUGAGAAAGAAAAAUGUCUUCCACAUUUUCAAAUUCAUCCAGACUUCCAUGUGGACUGCCACUGUGUCCUCUUAUACUUAUAGAGUAACAGACACAUCAAGCACAUGAUUUGUCGUUGUUUUUACUUUUCAACUAUCUCUUCAGUUAACAAGAAAGUCCAAAUAUUAUCGGAAAAUUCUGGGUCAUGGAAAUGGGUAUAUAGACAUCUACUGUAGAGAUGUUGUUAUAUACAUUUGCUGGUCAUUGACAAUUUCAAACAUUGUCACUGGUGUACUACCUUAAAUGUUAGGAGCUUGCAUAAUAUUGUUACAACUUGUGCAGUGUGUCCAUAUUUAAGACUUAAUUUUGCCAUUUGUCAUUACAACAGAGGCUAACAUUACAACAGAGGCUAACAGAGGCUAACAUUACAACAGAGGCUAACAUUACAACAGAGGCUAACAGAGGCUAACAUUUUUCUUGGUAAAUGAUAUGCUUAUAUCAUUAUAUGACUAGCUAUACUAUACUGUAUGUUCACAUGCAAUGUAGACACAGUAGAAAUUGAUGCACUUGAAAUAUUAAGGGCACUAAUUACACUAGUUUCAAGCCCCUGUAUCAGCUAAGAUAUUGAGAGGAUGGCAACUAAAAUGUCAUUUCUUUUGAGGUUCAAGUUAAGGCCAGAGUACCAAAAGAAACCGGGAUAGUUCAAUAUGGAGUUUCAUAGUGCUUGUCAAGCUCCAAUGCUAGGUUUAUAGCCAUUUUUUAUUGUUGUAGCUAUGUCAGAGCAACAAAGAAAUUGAGCAACGAAAAAAUGACAUUUGAUGGCCCUUACUCUGACAUGGUGGAGGUGCAACACUGUGUUGUACUGACGUUGCACCACCGGAAUCUUACAGACAUGUCUCUAAGCAACCAUCUAUCUGGCUCAAAUACAUCCACCCCAUCACAGAGCUACGGUUUUACUUUCCAGUCUGUCAAUGAUAUUGUCCACAAGAAGCUUUUCCCACACACAUGAGGCUAGAGCUCAGUUUUUGCCGUAGGUUCUGAGACUAACGUGCUGCUAAGUUGUUGCGUCCCAUGAUCUAUCUGCUGUAAAAGCACUGUUUACUUUUGUUGCAAAUAUUCCUUGCCAUUUAUUAAGCUUGUAUUUUUAUGUGUCAAUGUGGUAUGAAUGAAAAGUCCUUUGUGUCUUUGUUGCACAAACAAUGGAGGACAAGUUUAAAAAGCUUCAAAGCAAGCAGCAUACGACUGUUCCUGUGCAAAUGUUUUUGUUUACAGAUGAAUUAUUAAAGCACAUCCCAUGUGUAUUGUACAAAACAAUAAUCCGUUUAGUAAAUAUGGAGUCUGGGGGAAUUUUUUCACAUGUUCAUUUAAACAAUAUUCACGAAUUAGAGUGAAUUGGUAAUAUUGGUAUUGUGUUUUUUCAUGGCCGAGGUAUAAUCAUAUAACUAACUGUUUGUAAAGAAUGACAGAGAACUAUAACCCACAUCUACUGUAUAUAUGGAAUUAUACAACUUGUUUGACAGUCUAAUAAAUGUAUAAACCUAAACAUUUCAACAUCAAAUUAGCAUAUACCCCAUAGAUAUAAUACUAUGGACCCCCAGGUUAAGUUACAAAUCGUUGUUAUCCUGUCACCUAUAUUAAAAAACUAGACUAAAUGCUACUCUGCGAUUUUUGCAAGAAGUUGCCCAAAUUUUAACCUCACCCACAAGGUCUUACACACCACACAUUUGGAAUACACAUGAAACAAGAUAAAGAAACAACAUCUUUAUCCACUAAGGGGACUGAUGACAAGACAUGCUAUAUAGUAUAUCCCUUUGUCCUUUGUCAUUAAAUAAAGCUUCCAGUGCACUUCCACUGCUGUAGUUUGUAUAAUUCUAUUGGUAGGUAAAGUUAACUACACAUUAAUGAUUCAAAUCAAUAAGGGAGCAUUAUCAACUCUUUUAUCCACUCCUCUUCCCUGAGAGUUUGAAUCUACUGUAUUGUACUAUCGACAGAGGUCAUUGACCUAAUGGCACUCACAGUAACAACAGAAUACAUUAUGACUGCCAUUACUCUGAUGACACACAUAUUAAUACCCACUGUUUCCAGAACAGCCAGUACAAUUUCAAAGCCUCUUUAAAUUCAUAGAGUCAGAAGAAAACAUUUCCUCGCAACAUGAAAACAAAAGCCUUGUGGUUACAAUUGUGUACAGAUAAAUGGGAAACAGCUAUGGUUUUCACUUUGUGUAGGACCGUACCAUUUGCAUUUAGAUGGGAAAAGGUCAUGGCUAUUGGAACAUGUGAGGUAAGAAGGAAACAGCAGUGGUCAAACACAUUAACAGACAGAAAGGAAAAUGAAUCUGGGCAAAUUGGUCCAUGGCAGAGUACAUUAACCAACAGAACUUGUUUUUCCACUAAUAGUUUUUAAAAUGAAAAGAAUAGUCCGGACAAAAAACGAACUUACAGAUAGAUGUAGGAUCAAUAUGGUCAAUCUUUUGUGGCUGAGAAUUUUCCUGCGCCGCUUUAUGAUUUCCAUAUAUUCACUGAAAACCCACACUAACCAUAUUGCAUUUUCAUGUAGUCUACCUUUGGCCAGCUAAUAGCCUAACCACCAAUAAAGCAACAUUAUAGAAUAAACGUUCAACUCCUGUUGCUGCAAGGUUAUUUUGCUCUGACAAUAUAGGUCAAACAUCUGUAUAUUCUAAGCCAUACAACUCAAGGGAGUUCUCUGAUAUCAGAGAAGUUGUGCCUUUACCUCAGGGUAAACAGUUCAAAGGAAAUGCCACUGCCAACAGGAAAACGGCCAUGUUGUUUCUGCCAUGGCACUUGUCAUUCGCUGCACAUUUCGCCAGACUACUGCUUUGAGGCCAGUUUUUUUUAUGGAGUGACCUUUCUAUCCUUCUGGGAAGAAUUUGAGCAAACAUGACAACUUAACAGUAUGACAGACUUCUCGCUGUAUUUCAUUCCUCUGUAUUACAGUUGGACCUGUUGGUUAAGCUGACUUGUGAGGUGAAGGAAUUCAGAGAACUGGGGUUGACCUUCUGUCUCAGCACCUACGUACCUGAUCAGAUCAGAAUCCACAACACCAUGGAGAAUAGGUUGUCUAGGAUUGAUAGCACAGUACAGGGAAGGAAUACUAUGAGGAAUGGAGACGGGGGUACCACACUGCCCUGUCACUUACAGUAAAAACUCAAAUGACAGGUGUUAUAGUAUCCAUUUCCUCCACAGCAAUUACACUUUAAUAACCUAUUCAGAAACAUAGCAAAGAUUUGACAACAUUGAUUGGAUGUGUGUAAUGUAUGGGUCACCACUGCAGCUCCAGGGCUCAUGGGUGCAAUAUAGGCUAUGAAUGUGGGCAACAUGUAAAUGCAGAGAGUAAGUGUCGGUGCUAAGGGAGGCCUGUGUGUGAGGAGUGUUAACAGCAUGACAUUCAGUGCUGACCAGCCCACCAUGGGUGUCAGAUGAUGAAUGCACCUAACGGGGCCCGGCACUGCUCCCAGCACUAAAUCCCCAAAGCUCACACACAGCCCCACACAGCCCCACACAUAGCCCCACACAUAGCCCCACACACAGCCCCACAC